GAAAUAGGUUAUAUUACGCAAAGUAUACGUAACGCAUUACGGAGUUGGUCUUCCCUUUUUAUAAAUUAUUUUCUAGAUAAGGACACUAACAUACGCCAAAAGCUGAAUUUGAGCAAUGUAUAAGUACAGUGAAAGAUAAUUUAUUAAAAAUUAGUUGUUAAUAUUUCGUUAUUAAUGUUAAAAUAUCAUCGAACAGUUGUAACAGAGAUAAUUGAUAAAAUGCCGUUUGGUAUAUCAUGGUUUCGAUAUAUUUCCUUUCUAACAUUGUCAUUUAUUUCCAUGGCAUGCGGUUCGCAAGUUGUGCAUGAAAUAUACAGACCGCUCGACGAUUUGGAUGACUUGAUAGAAGAAGCAUUUCAAAAUCGAUUGUUAGAAUUACAAAAUCAGAAUGAUUCAUCUUUUAAUGUGAGACAAGGAGAUAAAUCAACAAGAGGGAAAUAAAAACUGAAUUAGCAAUUUACAUUUGCAUUUAAAUUCAUAUAAUUCGCAAUACAAGAUUUUAAUAAAGCACAAUUUAUUUCAUCAUAGUUUACAGAUAUCACGCUUUUCUUUAAUGCUUGAAAUGUACAUAUUUACAAGAUGAAUAUCAUCGUCUAUAAAUGACAUAGUAUCAUGUAACAAUUAUUUAUAAUUCACAGUAUACUUGGAGGACUUUCUUAAAUAGUUUGCUUGCAUUGACGUAUCAGUAGCGCAUUUUCGUGUAAGCCUAGCUUGUAAUUCGUUAGGAUAGCUACUAACUCGUACCUUUUUUUUUUUUUUUACUUUAUAUAAUUACAAAAGCGAAUAAUCAAGCAUUAUUCUUGGGGCAACUAUUCGUGUAGAAAAAUACGUAAAUUUUAUCUCCGUUUCGAUCGUUUUGUGACAGCAGGGGUUGUCAAAAACACUUCGUGGAGCCCGUAUCGAUCAAUCUCGAUUAAUCGCUAAAUUGUCAUAAUGAUGUCUCGCUGGCGCCAGAACUCUGCGAUUGUAGUGGUAAGCUUGUUUUAUAUCCUGUUGACUCCUCCUCUAGCAAUGCUAUCCGUUGUUUUAGAGAUUUUACCUAUAAAUCAAUCAUACGUGUAAAAAAAGAAAAAAAAAGGAAGAUUGUAACUAGUUACAACCACUAAAUUUCGAUUAGGAUGAUAAAAUGCAACUGCGCAGAAUCAGCUCGGCAUUGAAAGUACAAGAUGGCGACAGUUAUAUUGCAGAAGCGGCAGCGUGUGGUGUACUGUAAAAAUGUCGAUCUUACCACAAUUUAGUAUAAGAAAGAUAAGGAGAUUUUUACAUAAAAUGCCUGGGAAAGCGUUGGGGGAGUUUCGAUUUUUACCCAUAUUGUUUGUUAUGGGCGGUGUAUUAGAAUUCCUUAUGAUAAACUGGCAUGUCGGAGAGGUUAACUUUUACAAAACGUAUAAAAGAAGAAGAAUAGAAGAAGCAGUCGAAAGAAGACUGAUGGAAAUGAAUGGAGAAAAUAAUGCACAAAUAAAUGCGUAAAUAUAUCGUUGCAAAUAAUUAAUAGCAUUAAUAAACAAAGAUGCUCUUAGUAAUGCUUUAUACUUUUAUGAAGACUGAUGUAAUGAAGAUGUGAAAAAUGUAAUUUAUGCAAAAAACUUGUACAAAGUGUAAUAAAUUAUUUCAUAAAUGUAUGAACACAAAUUAGCGUUUCUUCUUAAUUUCCUUCAUAUCGCACAUCACAUUUAUGCUUGUUCAUACCU